AUGUUAAGUUCAACAACUGAUUUACCGACAUGGGCACAACUUACUGAAUUCUUAGAGAGUAGAUUCCGCAGUAUUGAAAUGAUUGACCCUUGCAAACAAUUUGUGAAGUCUUCAGUUUCUAACAAGAUAAACCAAUUUUCAAAACCCAAAUCAUUUCAUUCAGCAGUGCAAGAGGUUACCAAAUCCUCAAAUAAUAAUUGUGCUUUAUGUAACGGGUCGCAUUACAUAUAUCACUGCCAGAAGUUUGAGCAAAAACCAAUAAAAGAGAGAAUUGAUUUCGUACAGCAUAAAAGACUUUGUUUUAACUGUAUGUGUCCAAAUCACAUAGUAAAUAAAUGUCGUCAAAAUACGAGCUGCAGGAAGUGUGGCAAGAAACAUCAUACGAUGCUACAUAUUGAGAAGGAUGGGUCUAUACACCAAGAGAGUAACACUAACGAGGGAGAAAUACACAUACAAAAGAGUGACAAGAGUAACACUGAGACAAGAAUUGUGGCUCACUUUGCGCAAGGACUACAGAGUCAUAAUGUACUAUUGGCCACAGCUAUUAUUAACGCACACUCUACAACUGGAGAAAAAUAUCACAUACGCGCGCUACUGGAUCAAGGAUCACAAGCGUCUUUUAUAAGCGAAUCGACUGUACAAUUACUUAAUCUUAAACGAAUACCAGUAAGUGGUGUGGUGUCAGGCUUGGGAGACGGGCAAACAAGAAUUAAAUAUUCGGUUUCGUUAUUAUUAGAGUCACGCUAUAAUCCAAAUGCUAAAUACCGUGUAAAUGCGUACGUUUUAGGAGUACUAACGUCGUUACUUCCAGGGGACAAACUAUGCGCUCCUAAAUGGGUACACUUGGAGCAACUUCAGUUAGCCGAUCCAGGUUACGCCACACCAGGGAAAAUAGAUAUCCUUUUAGGCGCAGAUGUUUACAGUGAGAUUUUACAAAAUAAUAUGGUGAAACACCCAGAGGGCAAUUUAAUUGCACAACUUACGGCUUUCGGAUGGGUACUAUCUGGAAGAAUACCAAGAGAUUCACUACACAGAAAGAGUAUAAUAAACAUGCACAUACAAAUGAGAAGUGAUGAUGUAUUGAGAAAAUUUUGGGAAAUUGAAGCGGAGCCCGAUUUAAUCAAGAAGAAACUUACAGUAGAAGAAGAGGAGUUUAUAAAUGUUAAAAGUGAAAUUAAUUUCGAUCCUAUAACGAGUCCACUGCUUAUGGUUCGUCCUUGUGAGGAUGAAGAUAUAGUUAUCUGGUUUGACCCUGGAUUAUCACCAAGAGAAAAAAAUCGAUAUUACGUUGUUAUAAACAAAAUUUUGCCGAAAGGAAGUGUUCUGAAUUUUUCUUUUGAUUCCGAUGUACACAUCAUCCGUAUUACAUCCCAUGAUUAUACAAAAUAUGUAAAAGAAUUCCUAAGCGAUAGAGAGCAGGUUAUGUACAAUUUUACUUCAGAUAGCGACGGUUAUGGAUUCAUUGUGAAAGGAGCUAUCCCCGGCAUAAGUCCUUACUUAACAUCCCUUGCUAUAAACAAUCAAGAAUUCUGCAAUAUACCGAAAGUGGGAUAUUUUGAAGAAAUCAUCUCUGAAACAAACGACAGCGGACCGUACAGCCAGUGUGGACGACGUAAAAUAAAGUAUACUGAAUUAAUAGUGAACGGGGAUGCCACUAAGCCAGGUGACUGGCCUUGGCACGUCGCGAUAUAUAAUAUAACGAACUCUGUGAUAAGAUAUAUCUGUGGUGGAACUUUGAUAUCUAAAUAUUUUAUUUUAACUGCUGCCCAUUGCGUAACUGUCAAGGGUAUUGCACUAGGGCCAAAAAGCUUACAUGUCGUUCUUGGAAAACAUAAUUUAGUCGGCGAAGAACAAGCAUCGCAGGAAAAACAGGUACAUAGAGUAAUUGUACACGGAAAAUUUCAAUUUAAUAUAUCAGAAAACGAUAUAGCUCUACUUAAACUCAGAUCUGAUGUGGUAUUUUCUAAUUACAUACAACCAGCCUGCCUUUGGUACAGCAACAUUCAGCCUUCAAAUAAAGUUUUUGGUACGGUGGUAGGGUGGGGGUUAGAUAGUACUGACUCCUUGACUUUUGAACUACGGCAAGCCAAAAUGCCCAUAGUGGCAAAAACCAAAUGUAUGAAAAGUGACCUCACUUACUAUGGUAAAAUAUUGAAUGGGAAGAAAUUCUGCGCAGGAUACCAUAAUGGUACAUCUGUUUGCAACGGUGAUAGUGGUAGUGGUUUUCACGUCUUCGUUCCUGACGAGGAUAUAGAAGAGGACGACAGUGGGGCUUGGUAUGUACGUGGAAUAGUAUCUACGAUGUUAUCUAGGGAAGGCGCGUCAUCGUUAUGCGACUCUACUCAGUACGCAAUUUUUACUGAUGUUGAAAAAUAUAGGCUCUGGAUAGAUUCUUACUUGGAAACUGAAAGAGAU